AUGAGUGAUGUCGAAAAAGCUUGGGAAGAAAUAAUGGAAAAGGAAAGUGAUGCUGAAAACACAGUUGAAAGCAACAAGAAGAAAGCAGACCAUGCUAAACCUGUGGAGAUGCAGAAGAGAGAAAUGGAGAGCAUUCGCUCAACACAGAAAAGAAAGAGGGGUGAUGCAGUUGAGGAUGAAGAGAAUGCUCAACCAAAGCCAAAGAUCACAAUGAGGAGUGGUGGAGAAACAGUUGCAUAUUUACGUGAGAAAAAUGAUAUGGCUCAGAAAUGGAAUUACAAAAGCAUAAUCUGGGUAUUUCGUUUCAGUGGUAUAUUGGGAAAGCGUCAAAAAAAUUAG